GCGGAACGGGGUCGGUGGCCGUCGGCUCCGCUCCGCGGGAGCAGGAUGCGGCUGCGUUCGGGUGUGUUCGCCUCCUCCUGCCUCCUGCUGGAGGUGCUGGGGGUCGCGCUGUUCUUCCGUGGCUUCUUCCCGGUGCCUGUCAGGUCCCUGCCCCGCAGAGAGUCUAGCGGGGACCUUCCCGCCGAACCGGCCCCGCCCGGCCCAGGAAUGGUUUCUAACUGGACCAGAAUUCCACCACCACUUUUCAAAAAAGUUGUCAUUGUGCUGAUAGAUGCUUUGAGAGAUGACUUUGUGUUUGGGUCCAAAGGUGAACAGUUCAUGCCGUAUACUAAACAAAUUAUUGAAAAAGGGACAUCCUACAGUUUCAUUGCUGAAGCGAAGCCACCCACUGUGACUAUGCCUCGAAUUAAGGCUUUGAUGACAGGUAGCAUACCUGGUUUCAUUGAUGUUAUUGUGAAUCUCAACUCUCCGGCUCUUUUGGAUGACAACCUGAUAUGGCAGGCAAAAACAGCAGGGAAAAGAAUAAUCUUUUAUGGUGAUGAUACUUGGGUUAAAUUGUUUCCAAAGCAUUUUGUGGAGUAUGAUGGAACAACAUCCUUUUUUGUGUCAGACUUCACAGAGGUUGAUGAUAAUGUUACCAGGCAUUUGGAUAGAGUGUUAAAGAGAGAAGACUGGGAUCUCCUAAUACUGCAUUACCUGGGCUUGGACCAUAUUGGACACGUGACUGGGCCAAACAGCCCAUUAGUGGGAACAAAACUGCGGGAAAUGGAUAACAUCCUGAAGAAGAUUCAUACUUCUCUUCUUUCAAAGGAAGAAGCCUCUCUUCCCAAUUUGCUAGUUGUUUGUGGGGAUCAUGGGAUGUCUGAAACAGGUAGUCAUGGUGGUUCUUCAGCUGGAGAAGUGCACACACCACUACUGUUUAUCAGCUCUACUUUUGAAAAGAGAAGUGGUCGUCUAACACAACCUGAACUUGUGCAACAAACUGAUUUAGCUAGCACUCUGGCAGUAGGCCUUGGUCUACCGAUUUCAAGAAACAGUGUUGGGAAUCUUAUAUUGCCAGUUGUGAGAGGCAGGACAAUGAGAGAACAACUGCGUUUUGUGCACUUGAAUGGGUUCCAGCUUAGUAGACUGCUGCAAGAGAAUACACCUGCGUAUGAAAAAGAUCCUGGAUAUGAACAUUUUAAGAUAGCAGAAAAGUCUCAUGCUAAUUGGAUCAAACUGUAUUUAGAGGGGAAUAAUUCAGAAAUACUCUUGAAUCUUGGCAAAAAAGUCCUGAAGCAAUAUUUGGAGGCCCUGAAGACUCUGAGUUCUUCACUAAGCAAGCAAGUGGCACAAUAUGACAUGUAUUCGAUGAUGGUUGGGAUUGUCAUCAUUAUGGAGGUUCUGCUGCUGCUUUUGCUUAGCAUUCCAAAAGCCCUGAGCAGCAGGGCAGAAUUUGAAGUGCCGCUUUCCCCUCCACUCUUCUCCCUGCUGUUUUACUUGAUGUGUCUGAUGCUUUAUGCAGUUCACGUCAUUGUAUGCACAUCGGCAGAAAGUUUAUGCUAUUUCUGCAGUAUGUCCUGGUUCACAGCAAUUGGAGUGAUGAUGCUGAUAUCUGCACUCAUGUGUGGUAUUUUGUCUGCCAUUGCAAAGAUCCUCGAUAAUUCCAGACUUACAGUGAAGAAUUCAGUUUUGUCCAGUUCCAGCUGGUCAGAAAUUGAUGUGCUGAUUCUGGCUGGAACAGUUGCCCAUGUUUUGAGUUUGGGGGCAAGCAGUUUUGUCGAAGAGGAGCAUCAAACCUGGUAUUUUCUAAUUAAUACGCUUUGUUUGGGGCUGAGUCAGGAACUUUGUAGGAACAAUUUUCUUCUGAAAGAAUAUGACCCUCAGCAUAGUACCAGUGUAAAACAAAGUUUUGGGAGAGCCUCUGAGUACAAGAACAUAGACAUUCCAGCAGCAGAUAAUUCAAAAUUGGGCAAGACCACCACUUCAGCUGAAUUCAGUAGAGGAUCAGAUAAGUGGAUAAGCUUAGCGAGUCCAUGGAUCAUCCUUAUUUGCUGUCGGCUUCUUCGAUCCUUGAAUCAGACAGGUGUCCAGUGGGCUCAUCAGCCAGACUUGGGACACUGGUUGACAAGCUCUGAACAUAAAUCUGAACUCUCCUUCUUGGCUGCAGUAUCCCUACUUAUGAUCUUCUUUCUGGUUCAAAGAAGAUGCUCCCUGGUUUCAAAAAUUGCUAUGGCACUCGGGCUCCUGGGAGUCUACAGUUACAGGGCAGCUAUUGGAAAUAUCAUAUUUCCAUGGCAACAUGGUAGCAAAGAUAUUUCAAAGGGUAUUACUGAAGCUCGUUUUGUUUAUGUCUUUGUUCUUGGCAUAGUCUUCAGUGGUACCAAAGACUUGCUGAAGUCACAGGUUAUUUCUUCAGACUCUGGUGUGAAGAGUACAGGAUUAUGGGAAGUAUAUAGUGGAUUGGUUCUACUAGCAGCCCUUCUAUUUAGACCUCACAAUUUACCAGUCUUGGUGUUUUGUCUGUUGAUUCAGACAAUGAUGACAAAAUAUAUCUGGAGACCUUUGAAAUUUGAUGCAGCACAGAUUACUGUCAUGCACUACUGGUUUGGCCAAGCUUUCUUCUAUUUUCAGGGAAAUUCAAAUGGCAUUGCUACUGUGGAUGUUUCAGCAGGUUUUGUGGGACUAGAAAGUUACGUGGAAGUACCAGCAAUCUUCCUUACAGCAUUUGCAACAUAUGCAGGACCUUUGCUUUGGGCCAUUCAUCUGCUGUGCUACUUGAGUUCUGAAGUUAGCAGGAAUUCAGCAGCAGUGGGUCAUGGCUGUUUCUGCUAUGCUCUAAUGCGUUCCCUUCCAGUUGCCAUAUACAUAGUUUUGGUGACAGGUCUGCGUUACCACCUGUUCAUAUGGAGCGUCUUCUCGCCAAAAUUACUUUAUGAGGGAGUGCAUGUGUUCAUCACAGCCGCGAUCUGCCUGUUCUUCACAGCCAUGGAUCACAACCAUUCUCGCAAAGUGCAAGAUUGAAAGAAGUGUGCAGUGUGCAGAUCUGGAUUGCAAUGUCCGGUGCGACACCGACAUGGAAGAAGGAUAAUAAUGGCUUUAAAUUUUUGUGCAAGAUUUGAAGAUUAACCUAGUUUAAUUUAGUCAAAGUCAGGAUUUGAAGGGCCUGUGCUGUUUUAAAUCUUGAGUUUGCUUUAAAAAUGUUUAAUUUAAAUAAACUGUUUUUUCAUGAAUAACUUUUGUUCUAUAGCUGUCAUUAUAGCACUUCCCAAAUCACAGAAUGGCAAUAUUAUAUGAUUAAAAUUUCAAAAUGUACCUCUUAAUCUGAGUAAAGACCACAGGCACUGAAAAAAAUCUUUUGCACAUACAAUCUUUUUUUACCUUCUUAGAUGACAGAUUCUUAAAAAUACCCAAGAGGAUUUCUUGGUGAUGUUCACAAGACUUUGCAUUCAUUAGCCUUGGGAGAUUUUUGUUUGUUUUGUUUCUAGCAUGUGCAUUGAAAUUGUUAUUAAAUUAUUGUACAAGUAUUCCAGGUAAAAUGGAAUAUUUUUUGUUUUGCAUAUGCAGCAUUUUUAUUUAAAGGCUGUAUUUUCUUUGUAAGAUGAGUGCAACCAUUGUCUGCGAUGUAUUUCAAUCUGCCUAUCCAGUGACUUCAGUUACUGGAUAGGAAGGACUAACGGGCUAACAAAGCAAUGAUUCUUUCAUGGAGUCUAUCCACUGCUAAAAUGUUGCGUUUCUUUUUAUUAAUGUCUAAUGUUUAACCAGUUUCAUGGCAGCGGUGCUGAACAUUUGGCCAUGUUUUCCAUGCUAGGGUAGAGAGUUAUGACCCAUGAGCACAAAAUAGUUUAAUGGCUAAGUUACCAGCAGAAUAAAAGGUGUGUUUGCAUCACCUUCCCUCUUAGUGGCCUGUCUGGCCACCUAAUUUGAGUGUGCUAUAAUUAAUUCCUAACAAUGUUUUCUUUGUUUCUGUCAAGGGGAUAAACAUUGAUGACUAUCCUGUCAGUAUUCUUUAUGUGGGUUUUUCUUCUUUCCUCAUAUUUUUGUCCAUGUUAGCAGACAGUAGGAUUUAAUCUAAAUGUAUUAGAGAUGCAGCAGAAGAAAGGCGCACAGGGAAGUUUAACUUCUGUUAUAAAUCUAAAAAUAAAAAGCUUUUAAGCC